ACAGAGGUAGAGAGAUUCACACAGCAUAGCCCUCACAGGGUAGACAGCAUCGCUCUCAAACACACUCACAAGCAAACAAAAAGAGAGGCUAAACACAUCAGAAUCCUUUAAGACGACAACAGGAACCCAGUCCUUAAACAAAGAUGGGGCCCGGAUUGUUCUGGAACUUUCCGUCCAAGACUAGCUGCACGGUUCCACAGAGCCUGCUGCAGACAAUGUUGCUCUCCAGGAUGGCUGGCAUGAAGGAUCAGCAGUUCACUGAAGAGAAACCGCUACUGCCAGAAUCCAGGGGACAGGAACCAGAGAUGGCUAAAGGACAGUGUGUGCACGCGCUGCCCUCUGCUACGCCCUCCCCCCAAAUGGCUCGCCCCCCAAAACGCUGGCAUGCCAUCGCCCGACACUGGCUCGGCCUGACGCGGCGUCGGACCAGCGGGUACUUCCCGGAAAACUGCGAAACCUUUGUAGCUGCAGGAGAUUGGAAGGAACAUGACAUUGAAACCCCUUAUGGGAUGUUGCACGUGGUGAUCCGCGGGGCUCCCAAGGGCAACAAGCCAGCUAUCCUGACCUACCAUGAUGUUGGGCUCAACCACAAGCUGUGCUUCAACACCUUCUUCCACAAUGAAGACAUGCAGGAGAUCACUAAGCACUUUGUGGUGUGCCACGUGGAUGCCCCAGGCCAGCACAUUGGUGCCCCCCAGAUGCCACAAGGGUAUCAGUAUCCCACAAUGGACCAGCUAGCUGGGAUGCUUCCUAGUGUGGUGCAACACUUUGGCUUCAAGAGCAUUGUGGGAAUUGGAGUCGGGGCUGGUGCCUACAUCCUCGCCAAAUUUGCUCUGAUUUUCCCAGAUCUUGUGGAGGGUCUAGUUCUACUCAACAUUGACCCCAAUGGGAAAGGAUGGAUCGACUGGGCUGCCACAAAACUUUCAGGACUCACCAGUGCUUUACCAGACACUGUCCUGGCCCACCUCUUCAGCCAGGAAGAGCUUAUGAGCAACACAGAAAUUGUGCAAAACUACCGCCAACAGAUCAAUAACACCAUCAACCAGUUUAACCUACAGCUCUUCUGGAAUAUGUACAACAGCCGCAGGGAUUUGGAAAUGAACCGCAGUGGCACUGUGCUAAAUGCGAAGACCCUGAGGUGCCCAGUCAUGCUGGUCGUUGGUGAUAAUGCUCCGGCUGAGGAGGGCGUGGUUGAGUGCAACUCCAAGCUGGAUCCAACCCACACCACAUUCCUGAAGAUGGCUGAUUCAGGUGGAAUGCCUCAAAUUACACAGCCUGGAAAACUAACAGAGGCUUUCAAGUACUUCCUGCAGGGAAUGGGAUACAUUGCUUAUAUGAAGGAUCGGAGAAUGAGUGGGGGGCCAGUGCCUUCAGCCAGUAUGACCCGUCUUGCUCGCUCACGAACAGCUUCUCUGACCAGCGCCGGCUCCGUGGAUGGUUCUCGCAACCGCGCAUGCACACACUCAGAUAGCAGUGAGGGAGUUGGGCAGGUCAGCCACACCAUGGAAGUGUCCUGCUGAACCCUCGUGCACCAUCUCACAUGCACACAUUUAGAGAGACGUGGCGUGGAAGGAGGGCGUGAGAAGAAUGAAGGUCUCAUACUGCUUUCAUUCUUUCUUUCUCAGCCAUUUUCUAUGUCCUUUCUCUCAGUUUUUUCAGUGUUAGCCCUCAUAAAGGAAUACUUCACCCAGAAAUGAAAAAACUUCCAUCAUUUAAUCACCCAGUUGUCUUUAGAAACCUGUAUGAAUUUAUUUCCUUAGUAGAACACAAAAUGAAAUAUUUGUAGUCCAAGCUGCUUUUUUUUUCAUAUAAUGAAAAUGAAUGGUGACCACAAAUUAUUUGCAGUGAAUAUAAACUUUCCCCAUUAUUUGGCUUGUAUAGUGCUUUGUCCCUCGAGGAGCAUGACAGCACUUGGUCCCCAUCCACUUCCAUUGUAUGGAAGAGAGCAGCUUGGACAUUCAGCUAAACAUCUGCUUUUGUGUUCCACUGAAUAAAAAAACAACAUACGAGUUAAGAAGAACCUUCAUUUUGAGUUGAACUAUUCCUUUAACCUGUAAAAUGAAGACUUGCUGUCAUUCCCCCCUUCAAAACAGUGUUUGGUUUCCCCCAAUUUUGUAACACGGUUACUUAUCGCUCAAUGUGUCAGUAUAUCUGCACCCUUCGCUUGCUGCCUCUGGCCUUCACCUUCUCCUAUGGCAAAACUACAAGUCCCAUCAGACCCUGCUCUCACUCAUUCCUGUCCUAUGACAGUCUUUGAGGAGUAACUGAUGGAUUGGGUAGCAGGUAGAGGGGGUUGGUCCUGAGGAAAAGGAUGAAACAAAGCAAGAGAAAGAAGAAGGGAAGGUUUUUAAACCAGAGGGUGAUUUAUGAGUGAACCAUGUUAUGCUCUCCCUCUCAAUUACGAACGAAAUCUAAGCGAUUGUAUAGUCGAAGAGGGUGAAAAUCUCUUAACCAGUAAACGGUAGCUUUCGGCUAAUCAUCUCAGCUCAUUCAGUCACUGGGAAUGUAUGUAUCACCUCGUACUGUAAGAAAGAAUCAUCUUUUUGAUAUUUUUUUAUUAUUAUUUGAGCUAAAUUUGAUUUCUUAUUUGAAAUAUGUUAAUAAAAACUAAAAAGUAGGAGCAGAAGUUGUAUAACUUGACCACUGACUUGCCUUAAUAUAUUAUUAAACUAUAUUAGAAUGCAUCAUUUUGCCAUUCACUUUCAAAUCAAGUCUUGCUUCAUUAAAGAUAACAUACCGUCCCACAAAAGUACCCUUUUAGUGUGUACUCACUGUCAUAUGAAAGUAGCUUUGCCUGGGAUUGGUUCUGUACGAUCUUUUUAUAGACAAUCAGCUUCUGACCCAAACCGGACCAUCGCUUCCCUUACAGCACCCAGCCCCGCACAAAGAAUAUACCAAAGCUACUGAUACAAAUGCACACGCGAAUGCACACGUACAUUUUCCGAUGAGGGCUGGGCUCUGCAAGGUAACAGAGCUUCUGUAUGCAUAUACUCGCACACACACACACACGAUUAAUGUACUCGCAUGCAACAUGCACAUAAACAACACAGAAGGAUUCAUAUGUGUUAGAAUCAAGCUCAUUUAGAUCUGUACAACCACAUUUAGUUAUUUUUUGUGCUAUUUUACAAUGGAUCUUUUUCUCAAUGGACCUAUUCACAUGGUUCUUAGAACUCAACAUAGUUGGGUAAACUUUAUAGUUACAACAAAAACAUUUUUUGCAUUCCACUUUGCUCCAAUAGCAAAAUAAAAAUGGCAUUUAUAGCAGGAAAACAAAUGAAACAUUGAUUAUGUUGGUCAGAAGAGGGAAAGAUGUCAAAUUUGCCAUCACUCCCACAGCCGUUGUUUUAGAAACAUUCAUGCAGCAGCUUGAACUAGUUUUCUGAAAUGUAAUGCUUAGUAAUACAACACAAAGCACCGUGUUAUAACAUUAUUUUUUU